AUGCUGUGGGCGGUUGCGUUUGCAUUAGGAGUUGGAUCCCUUGUUUGGGUGGAGGAUCCUGAUGAAGCCUGGAUGGAUGGUGAGGUUGUAUCCAUCAGCGGGGAAGAAAUUAAGGUUCUUUGUACAUCAGGAAAAACGGUUGUGGUCAAUUCAUCCAAUGUCUACCCGAAAGAUGCCGAGGCUCCGGCCUGUGGGGUGGACGAUAUGACGAAGCUGGCUUAUUUGCAUGAACCUGGAGUUCUACAUAAUUUAAAAUCCAGAUAUGAUAUCAAUGAAAUAUAUACCUACACUGGGAGUAUAUUGAUUGCUGUUAAUCCCUUCCAAAGAUUGCCUCAUUUAUACGAUAGUCAUAUGAUGGCCCAAUAUAAAGGAGCAGCUUUUGGUGAGCUGAGUCCGCACCCUUUUGCCGUAGCAGAUGCUGCAUACAGGCAAGUAUCGCUUUUCAUUUAUAACUCUUUGUCCAAGUUUGCAUACAUAUGUAUAGAACUCAUGAUAAAUGAAGGCGUAAGUCAGUCGAUUUUGGUUAGCGGUGAAAGUGGAGCAGGUAAGACAGAAAGUACAAAAUUGCUUAUGAGAUAUCUUGCGUACAUGGGUGGUCGAUCGGCAUCCGAGGGAAGAUCGGUCGAGCAACAAGUUCUUGAGUCGAAUCCUGUUCUUGAGGCGUUUGGUAAUGCAAAGACAGAUAUCCAAAAAUAUAAGUUGGGAAAUCCAAGAACAUUUCAUUACUUAAACCAGUCGAAUUGCUAUGAGCUUGAUGGCCUUGAUGAUGGCAAAGAAUAUAUAGCAACGAGAAAGGCGAUGGACACUGUGGGAAUUAGUGUUGAGGAACAGGAUGCAAUUUUUAGAGUUAUUGCUGCAAUCCUCCAUCUUGGGAACAUUGAAUUCGUGAAGGGAAAAGAAAUUGAUUCAUCCAUGCCUAAAGAUGAAAAGUCUUGGUUUCAUUUAAGAACUGCAGCUGAACUUUUCAUGUGUGAUGCAAAGGCCUUGGAGGACUCCCUCUGCAAACGUGUAAUCGUGACUCGUGAUGAGACUAUCACCAAGGAGUUGGAUCCACAGGCUGCUACUUCUAGUAGAGAUGCUUUAGCCAAAAUUGUCUACUCGAGGUUGUUUGACUGGCUUGUGGAUAGGAUUAAUAGGUCAAUUGGUCAAGAUCCUAAUUCGAAGUGCUUAAUUGGCGUCCUGGACAUAUAUGGAUUCGAAAGCUUCAAGACUAACAGAUAUUUCUACCUUGUACAUUCAGCAUCUUCUCGUUAUGGUAUUGAAGUUGGGAUGCAUACCCUCAAGUACGCGUGCAUGGAUUUUGAUUUCGAACAGUUUUGCAUAAACUUGACGAAUGAGAAGCUCCAGCAGCACUUUAAUCAGCACGUAUUCAAAAUGGAGCAAGAGGAGUAUACGAAGGAAGAAAUUAAUUGGAGCUACAUAGAGUUUAUCGACAAUCAAGAUGUUUUAGAUCUAAUUGAAAAGAAGCCAGGUGGCAUUAUCGCACUCCUUGAUGAAGCCUGCAUGUUUCCUCGUUCAACUCAUGAAACAUUUGCACAAAAGCUAUACCAGACCUUUAAGAACCACAAGCGUUUCAGCAAGCCCAAAUUAGCUCGUUCGGACUUCACCAUUUCCCAUUAUGCUGGUGAUGUGACUUAUCAAACCGAGUGGUUUCUGGACAAAAACAAGGAUUAUGUUGUUGCUGAGCAUCAGGCUCUCUUGAAUGCUUCCAAAUGUUCCUUUGUUUCGGGCCUUUUCCCCAUAUCAAAUGAAGAGUCCUCUAAAAAAUCAAAAUUUUCUUCUAUUGGCUCAAGGUUUAAGCAACAAUUACAAGCACUGCUAGAAACUCUAAGUUCAACUGAACCUCAUUAUAUUCGCUGUGUGAAGCCGAAUAAUCUUCUUAAGCCAGCUAUAUUUGAGAAUCAUAAUGUCCUGCAACAACUGCGCUGUGGGGGUGUCAUGGAAGCAAUUAGGAUAAGUUGCGCCGGCUAUCCAACCAAGAGACCCUUCUUUGAAUUUGUUGACCGUUUUGGUAUUCUUGCUCCUGAAGUUCUUGACGGGAGUACGGAUGAGGUCGCUGUUUGCAGGAAACUAUUGGAGAAAGUUGGACUUGAAGGAUAUCAGAUUGGUAAAACAAAAGUUUUUCUGAGGGCUGGUCAAAUGGCAGAGCUUGAUACCCGGAGGACUGAGGUGUUGGGACGUUCAGCCAGCAUUAUCCAAAGGAAAGUCCGUUCUUACUUGGCUCAAAAAAGCUUCACAUUAUUGCGUCGGUCAACGAUUGUCAUCCAAUCCAUUUGUAGAGGAGAACUUACCAGGCAUGUUUACGAAAGCAUGCGGCGAGAGGCUGCUUGUCUCAGGAUACAAACAGAACUGCGAGUGUAUCUUUCUAGGAAAGCAUACAAAGAACUGUGCUCAUCAGCUGUCUCAAUUCAGACAGGAAUGCGUGGGAUGGCUGCUCGUGAUGAGCUUCGAUUUAGACGACAGACGAGAGCAGCAAUUGUAAUCCAGGCUGCAAGAGAAACUGGUGCCCUGCAAGCUGCAAAGAAUAAAUUAGAGAAGCAAGUUGAAGAAUUGACUUGGAGGUUGCAGCUUGAGAAACGAAUGAGAACCGACUUAGAAGAAGCAAAAACUCAAGAGAACACAAAAUUGCAAACUGCUUUACAAGAGGUUCAGCUUCAGCUCAAAGAGUCUAAAGACAUGCUGUUGAAGGAAAGGGAAGCUGUAAAGAUGGCAGCUGAGCGUGCCCCUGUUAUACAAGAGAUUCCCGUUGUCGACCAUGAAAUGACGAAUAAGCUUAGUGCCGAAAACGAAAAACUCAAGGCAUGCCGGCGAUAUUUAGGGACUUCAUAUAUGUGUGCCUUGGUAAGCUCUCUAGAAACGAAAAUAGUUGAAACCGAGAAGAAAUACGAAGAGACUAGUAAACUUAGUGAGGAGAGGCUGAAACAGGCAACGGAAGCAGAAUCGAUCAUUGUUAAGCUGAAAACCAAUAUGAACAGGCUAGAAGAAAAAAUUUCUGACAUGGAAUCUGAGAACAAAAUUCUUCGGCAGCAAACCUUAUUAUCCACUGCUAAAGGAGUGUCUGACAAUCCUUCUCAUAUGGCUACUAAGGGUUUGGAGAAUGGGCACCAUGCUAAUGAAUCCAUCAAACCCUAUGAUUUGCCACCUGUACCUGCUAAAGGCGACGAAACUCUCGACAGCAAACCAAAGAGACCCCCUACUGACCGUCAACAUGUCUGUGCUGAGGAUGUUGACGCUCUCAUGGAAUGCGUCAUGAAAGACGUGGGUUUCAGUCAAGGCAAACCAGUUGCGGCUUUCACAAUGUACAAGUGUCUUUUGCACUGGAAAUCCUUUGAAGCCGAACGGACUAGCGUGUUUGAUCGUCUCAUUCAGAUGAUUGGUUCGGCUCUUGAGGACCAAGACAGCAACAAUCAUAUGGCAUAUUGGCUAUCAAAUACGUCAACACUUCUUUUCUUACUCCAAAAAAGCCUCAAACCUGCUGGUGCAAUUCCAGCUCGUAAACCGCAAGCACCAACUUCUCUUUUUGGGAGGAUGGCAAUGGGAUUUAGGUCAUCUCCUUCUGCCGUCAGCCAUGCUGCUGCUGCUGCAGCCCUCGAGACAGUGCCUCAAGUCGAAGCUAAAUACCCAGCUCUGCUUUUCAAGCAACAGCUUACGGCUUACGUAGAGAAAAUAUAUGGCAUUAUUCGAGACAACUUAAAGAAAGAAUUAGGAUCGUUGCUUGCGUUGUGUAUUCAGGCUCCAAGAACAUCUAAAGGAAGUGUACUAAGAUCGGGGCGUUCAUUUGGCAAAGACACCGCAACAAAUCAUUGGCAGGCCAUUAUCGAUUGUCUCGACUCUCUUCUUGCCACCUUGAAAGAAAAUUUUGUCCCUCCUGUUCUUGUUCAGAAAAUAUUUACUCAAACUUUUUCGUAUGUUAAUGUACAACUCUUUAACAGCCUUCUUCUACGACGUGAGUGUUGUACAUUCAGCAACGGGGAAUAUGUCAAAGCAGGAUUGGCCGAGCUAGAAUUAUGGUGCUGCCAAGCAAAAGAAGAAUAUGCAGGCUCAGCUUGGGAUGAACUCAAACACAUAAGACAGGCUGUUGGGUUCAUGGUUAUACACCAGAAGUACAGAAUAUCAUACGACGAGAUCACCAAUGAUUUAUGCCCAAUUCUGAGUGUCCAGCAGUUGUACAGAAUAUGUACUUUAUACUGGGAUGAUAAAUAUAACACGAGAAGUGUGUCACCUGAAGUUAUAUCCAGUAUGAGGAUCCUAAUGACAGAGGAGUCGAGUAAUGCUGCCAGCAGCUCGUUUUUGUUGGAUGACAAUUCCAGCAUACCAUUCUCGAUAGAUGAACUUUCCAAUUCGCUAGACGUGAAGGACUUUCUAGACGUGAAGCCUGCCACAGACCUCCUCAAGAAUCCUGCCUUUGGAUUUUUACUCAGCUAAGGCAUGUCAGCGUUUGUUCUUGUUUUGCGCAUGGCAAAGCAUCGUUUACAGUGUAGAAUUUAGCAGUAUAAAUUUGUCCUUUUUUUAUUGAAUAUAAAAACUUUUUUUUUUUCAAUAUGCUUUACAUGUUUAUUCUUCAUAUAGGGUAUUUUUGGAACGUUUCUCAUAUUUAGAGCCAGGUAAAUUCUUUCAAUGUGCAAAUGUACCUUUGUUUUUGUAUUCGUUUUACCCGUGUGCCAAAAUUGGCAUUACUUUCUUUUCUUUUUUCUUUUAAUUAUACUUCAUAGUUAGGGAGCCGACACUUUUUAUGUGUCCUGCCGUGGUUUAGGAGUAACCACCCCUACCUUUUUAUGUAAUGAUUGAUAACUAUUGUAAGGAACAUAUGAUUGUGAACAUAUAUAGUGAUUGUAAUUAUAUACGUUUUUACAUACACC